AUGCCCUCCUACCCGCACACCACCGGCGCGUGUCGCAGCGGUGACAUGGCGACCGGGACUUCCGGCAAAGCCACGCGACGUCGCAUCGUCUGCUGCGCAGCACCGACAACCACCGUGAGGGUGGCGGAGAUCUACACUCUUCACGCUAAGGAAAACGACCCGUUCAAGUCGACCGUGUGCAUGGACUAUCACGUCCUCUCCCGCAUCGAGGGUGACUUGAGGCGCGCCGAGAUGCGACAGGAGAACCCCGAGUCAGUGAUGCCUGACCGCGGUUACCUGCAUGAUCAGGAAGCCUACCGCACUUGGGAUGAGUAUAUCACGACCAAGCAGUCUCCAAGCAGUAACCGGUCUGUCGUUGGCAGCCUCUACCCAUCCUCCCGCGGUGAAAGCCGCUUGCCACCCAUCAUGCUACCGCGCGCCCGCUCACGUCGCGGCAGUGCGAGCAGCAGCCACUACGCAAGUGUCCCCAACAGCACUCUAAACACGCCCACCAGCAAUCGCCGGUCUGGGGCACCGGGCAGCAACCGUAAAGGCAGACAGAUGUCGCGCUCACUCUCCCCGGGCGGCCAGGCGCACUCAAGCGCGCACAGCUCGCCGUGGCAGCAUAAGGGGUCGAGCCCGACACAUCAGUUGCCUUCACUGUACCCGCCCAAUGACCGGUUGGGGCCGGCCCACUCAACAUGCAAGGCACCGAAGUGGCGGAAGGAGGCGGGGUGCUGCGAGGUCAAUGGCGCCGCUGCCGCAUGGAACUCCCACAAGACUGGCAGGAAGCACUCACUGGAGCUUUCAGAACUCGAGGAAGGGCACGAGCAGCAGACAGUCACGGACGCCGAGCGCGAGCGACGUCUCCACUUGGCGGACGAGCUGGCCAGUCGCAUGGAGUCGGCAGUGCCUUGUGUGCUCAAAGAGAGGAGGGAGGCGGGAUAG